AUGAGCAAGUUCGGUGCCAUGGUCAUGGGCCCCGCCGGGGCCGGCAAGUCAACCUUCUGUGCCGCCCUCAUUACCCACCUGCAGCUCAACCGCCGCUCGGCCUUCUACGUCAACCUCGAUCCCGCCGCCGAGACCUUCGAACACACGCCCGACCUCGACAUCAAGGAACUCAUCUCCCUCAAGGAUGCCAUGGAAGAGGUGGGCCUCGGGCCCAAUGGCGGUCUCAUCUACUGCUUCGAGUUCCUCAUGGAGAACCUCGACUGGCUGACAGAGGCCCUCGACACCUUGACUGAGGAGUACCUCAUCAUCUUCGAUAUGCCUGGCCAGAUCGAACUCUACACCCACGUCCCCAUCCUUCCCGCCCUCAUGAAGUUCCUCUCUCAGCCCGGUUCCCUCGAUAUCCGCAUGGCCGCCAUCUACCUCCUCGAGGCCACUUUUGUCGUUGACCGCGCCAAGUUCUUCUCCGGAACACUUAGUGCCAUGAGUGCUAUGCUCAUGCUCGAAGUCCCCCACAUUAACGUCCUGUCAAAAAUGGACCUUGUCAAAGACCAGGUGAAGAAGAAAGACAUGAAGCGCUUCCUCACACCUGGCGUGGACCUCCUCGACGACGACCCAAUCGAACGCGCGAGGCGGGUAACUGAAGGGCCCGACGCCGAAGACGACGAGUCCAGGCCAGCGGAUGAGAAGGAACAAGUCAUGAGGGGCGCCAGCUUCCGGCGACUGAACCGCGCCGUGGCGGGGCUGAUUGAGAGCUUCAGCAUGAUAAACUACCUGAAGCUGGAUGUGACGAACGAGGACAGCGUUGCCUCCAUCCUGAGCUACGUUGAUGACUGUAUCCAGUUCCACGAGGCCCAGGACCCCAAGGAGCCGAACGACGAAGAGGAGUACGAGGAUCAGGAGUGA